AUGAAGGAUAGAGAGUCUGUGAGCAACCAUGUUUUGAGAAUGCAACGAUACGUGGAUAGGCUUAUCAAGCUCAAUGUGAAUUUUGACGAAGAGCUAGCUAUCGACAUAGUGUUGAACUCUUUGCCAAGUUGUUAUGAUCGGUUCAUCUUGACCUAUCAUUUGAACAACAACAACGAAACUACUUUGUCACAAUUGCACAACCUCCUUCGAAAAGCUGAAGCAAGAAUGAAGGGAAAAGGUAUUGCCUCACCUACAAGUGUACUUGUUCUGGCCAUAGGGCAAGGGAAAGAGAAGAAGAGGAAAUGUCCUCCCAAACAAAAUUGGAAGGGAAAGUCCCAAGUUGGGUCGUCAAGUAUAGAACCCAAAGGAAAAUCCAGUUCUGAUGCUUCGCGUGUCUCUGGACCCAAAGAGACCAUUUGA